AUGGAUGAGUUCAAUGAGACGCUCAUAACUCUGACUGGAUACGUGGAGAUGAAUAAAUACAGAUACCUUUAUUUUUUUGUUUUUUUUACAGUGUAUGUUUUGAUCAUCUGCAGUAACGGUACCAUUGUGUAUCUCAUCUGGACUCACAAAAACCUCCACGAGCCGAUGUACAUCUUCAUCGGUGCUUUAUUGUUCAACAGCGUCAUUUACAGCUCCACUUUUUACCCGAAGCUGUUGACAGACUUCCUCUCUGACAAACAGGUCAUUCCGUACUCUGGUUGUAUUUUUCAAUAUUUUGUGUUUUAUUCCGUAGGUGGAUCAGAGUUCUUACUGUUGGCGGUCAUGGCUUUUGAUAGAUACGUGUCGAUAUGCAAACCUCUGAGAUAUCCAACCAUCAUGAGGAAAACUACGGUGAAACAUCUCCUGGUUUUUGCUUGGCUUUUCCCUUCCCUUCAUGUUGUCUUGCAAGCAGCACUGAGUACUAAAUCUAAGAUAUGUGACCACAAUUUGGAAGCAAUAUUUUGCAACAACACUAUUUACGCACUUCAGUGCAUGAGAUCAAGGACAGUGACUAUAAUCGGGGUUGUUAUUUUAUUCGAUGUCGCGGUGCUCCCGGUGCUUUUCACAGUUUUUACAUAUGCAAAGAUUUUUAUAAUGGCUUAUCAAAGUAAUACAACAUCUAAGAGAAAGGCGGCUAAGACCUGCGUUCCACACUUGUUGGUUUUGAUCAGUUUCUCAUAUCUGUGCGUGUAUGAUGUAAUCUUAGCUCGAGUGGAGUCGCAUCUUCCAAAAGCUGCACGCUUUGUGAUGAUGCUGCAGUUGUUUCUGUAUCAUCCGCUGCUUAAUCCCAUAAUAUACGGGCUCAAAAUGAAGGAAAUUUCUAAGCAUCUGAAAACGUUGUUUUGUUCUACCAAAGUCUAG